CACUUUCAUUCAUUUAUGUUAGAUGUGCAUAAACAUAUACACGAAUUGAAAUCACAAAUAUCAAGAGAUUCAAGUAGCAGAAAACCACAACCUUUUGAUGCAAUAGCUCCAGUUGCUAAAACAAUUAGUGAUCAGUCGUGGCUGAUUUGUUUUGAUGAAUUUCAAGUUACAGAUAUAGCAGAUGCUAUGAUUCUGAAGACUUUGUUCACAAAACUUUUCCAAAAUGGCAUUGUGAUGGUUGCAACCAGUAAUCGGCCACCAGAUGAUUUAUAAAAUGGCUUACAAAGAGGAAAUUUCUUGCCAUUUAUACCCAUUUUGAAAAAUUACUGUAAUGUUAUAUCAUUGGAUUCUGGAGUGGAUUACAGAACAAAAGGUUUAGGGGGUAAAUCUGAAUGUUAUUUAUGUAAGCGGAACAUGGAAGAAUCUGAUCCUAUUGACAAAAUUUUUAAAUUGCUUUGUUCAAUGGAAAAUGUAAUAAGACCAAGGAUAAUCAAUCAUCAAGGUAGAAAUGUAACUUUCAAUAGAACAUGUGGUCACGUGUUGGAUAGUAACUUUCAAGAACUAUGUGACAGAGUAUCCCUGGGUGCAAGUGACUACUUAAGAUUAUCCCAAACAUUUCACACCAUCAUAAUACGUGAUGUACCCAAUCAAUUAGAAUAAAAAUCUCAAGCUCGGAGCUUUAUAAAUCUUAUCGACACACUAUAUGAUAACAGAGUUCGAGUAGUGAUAUCAGCAGACGUGCCACAUAAUGAGUUAUUUAGUAAAAAAGCAUCACCUGAGGAAACAUCCGAUGAACAUCGUCAUUUAAUGGAUGAUCUUGGAAUUUCCAAAGAAUCUGAAAAUGCUGGUGCCAGUAUAUUUACAGGUGAUGAAGAGGUCUUUGCAUUUGAUAGAACAAUUUCUCGCCUCUCACAAAUGCAGUCAAGUGAAUAUUGGCAGAUGUGGGAAAAGCACAGAUAAUUAUCUAAUACAGAUAAAUUAAAAUUUAUUAAUAUUAUUGUUAAUAAAAGUAUUAUAAAAGUGUUGAUAUUGUACUUA